CGUGAAUGAUAAACAAUUGCAUAUUAAAGAAGUCGCGGUUUAUCAUUUAGCUCAAAAGAUGUGGAAGAGAUAAACCUCUCCUUUUGUUUGGAACGCGAGGUUUUGUUUGUCCACUUACAUCACAACUUAAAGCUCUACCAGCCGUUGUGGUUUCCAAUCUUUCUGUUGGUAAGGAGUUUACGAUGUAAACAUCGUUCUUUCUUCGAUGGUUCAAUAUUUACAUGCAGAAACGCUGGGUGCAUUUUGUUUGUAUCAACGCGAGAAGUUUCCACAAGAAUGAAUUUUUGAGCGAAUUAUUAUGACCUCUCGGCAGUUGGCCAAACUGUUGUGAGUCUCUGAACUGCGUGUUCUUUGCCGACACAAUCAACUUAUACAAAGGAAUGUUCCCUGUACGAUUGAAGUAAGCAGCUUGUUCCAAAGUUAUAAUUCAACAUUGCACCGGGCACAACAUUCUCUGAACAGAACGCGAAAGGUUACAAACAUAACUUGCACUUAAACGCAUUUGGACUUCAAACGCGUUCACUUUGGAUGACAAAAGAAAACUUCGUCCCUCGCCGGCAAUUUGUGUUUGCUUUGUUUUAUACACAUGCUGCAGACAGCGCGGAAAGAACUUCCGUCUCUGCUCCGAAUAAUUAAAUAACACAAGAACUACUCUCCAACUUUGGUCAUACGCGUUGGCGUUUAAUAACGUGCCGUCGUUUUUCUUAAUGAUGUCGAAAGUUGACUACAUCUUCUGGUUCGCUGUGUUGACUUUCGUGGCACCGCUGGUCAACCCAAGACCCAGAAAUUCAAGACAACCGGGUAAGUUAUUUUAUUUUACUAUUUUUCUUUUUUCAAUACGAACAAUAUGCCAUAUUAUGACCUUAACGUAAAAACGCUUGUACUAGGAAUACUGAGCAAUAGCAAUAUAGCGGCAGUUCGUGUUUGUCAAUUUUUUGUUGCACAGCAUGCAACUUCUCAAACAUUUGUACAUCAGAAUUUCUUGUGAAAAAGAUCUCUUCUAUAACAGUUAUUAAACUGUUUGUGCGAUUUCCGAGGUCAAAAUGAAUUAGACCAAAUGUGUAUUAAUAAUCGAUAGCGAUAUUUUGAUGCCAGUGAGGUUUUGUAUUGUGUUUCAACUAAUUUCUAGGGGUAUCCCAGACGGGACUGUCUUAUUUUAUAACCCAAUUAAUUCUCCACAAAAUUUACGUUCAUCUUGUGUUUAGCUAAAUUAUUAAUUGAAACAAAGGUUUAGAUAUAACGAGGCUUUGAUGUGGACAGGCUCAUUGUGGCGUUGUAGGCAGAUUAAAAGUCCAGUGGAAAAACAGAUCAAGGUUUGAAAUUCGGUUUUUGUGUACGUUGUGCAUGCGAAUUUUAUUGCCUCGUUUUUACUGUGCUUUGUUGCGUAUUCAUAGAUUUGUUUGCAAAAGUGUGGUUCAUUGCAAUUUACAGCUUUGAUAAACAGCAAAUUCACUAACAGGCAAUAAUACUUUUGUCGAAACAGCCAGCGGUCUCCGGAUGUCUUAUCUCAGCAUUUACUAAACUCUCCUGAUCGGUUCUAAAUGUUAUAAACUUUGUCUUAGUAAGACCUUUCUUUUUUCAAAGAACCAAAUCAUUAUCGCAGAUAUAUCUGUUCGAAAGUCUCCUGUCAACAUCAAAAUUUGUAAUUUAAAUUAGGCUUUGUAAAAUGUCCUCGCCCCCAACCGGAAUCGGUGCUCUUCGAUUUUUGAAAACGGAAACGCAGCUGGUGAAUUUGUGCAUAUUAAAGAUGUUUUAACAAAACUAUUCCUCUGUACCGUGGAAGUACUAUUUAUUAUAGUGUAACUUACGGCUUUUAAUCUCUAAGGGUAGAAAGUGAAAGUUAAGGGUCUUUUGUGAAAUAUCGAUAAACACAUUGAAGAACCAUGUGAAAAAGUGCUAAAAAAAAGGUAAUGUGAGAGGUCACACCGCGCGUUUUGUUCGCAGUCUUGUCUGACCAUGACUGACGACGUAAAACUGAAAGGUAGGAAAGGAUUAUAGUUAAAUUAUAUUAUUACUCCCUAGGCAAAGCGCAUUUCCCCGGUCUGCCACCGUGACUUAACAUUAAAUUGCUUGCACUUUGUAAUAUAGGCAUUGUAACAACUCUUUGUUUUAUCAAAAAAUAUACAGCUUAAGGUACGAAAGCUACACCUUUCCGCCAACACUGUGGCGUAGAGAUGGGCUUUAAAAAAACCAAUGCUCGCGGGUUUUAACCACAGUUUGUUCGUGUUAAAUGAAUUAAAGACUUAACAGCCUAAUAUUCAUUCUUCGCGACUGUUGUUUUCGUGUUCCGUUCUUACAGAAAAGUGGUCGAAAUUGCAAUGUUCGUCUUAUAACAAUCCUACAAGUAAACAGAGACGUUGUUGAACAAACAAAUUGUUUUAUGUUUGUUUGACCGGAAUACACAGCAUACAGUGUACAUACUGUGUAUUGCUGUAACGUCCAAACAACGCUGCAUGGAACUGUAAACAAAAUCAAAACAAGCUGUCGUACAUCUCAGCCUCUUAGCCCCAGUUAUCAAUUUGGAAUUUUUUUUAUUUAAGUGUAAAGUUUCUUCUUUUGCAUAGAAAAGAGGUGUUUCAGCGCAAAGUUAGAAAGAAAACAGGGAAUUUGAGUCGAACGCACUUAAAGGGGGAAUGAGAUAAUGAAAGCGAAACGUAUUUUUAAGCAACAGGAUGGUGUUGAUUGUAACCGCUUGAAAUUUAAAGGUAAAAUACUAGCAAUGAAAAAAGGAAGUGCGUAUUAAUUGGGUUAAAAUCUUUUACUAAUUAUGAAUCAUAAAAGGAAAUAUAUGAUUAUAAAGAUGAUAACAUUAAAUAGCGAUGAUUUCAAUAACAAUGUUCUGAAAGGCUGCCUUGAAUUAUAGUUUUGAGGAUGAAAUCUUGCGGUGUAACCAAUCAAACGAUUUUAAAAAAAUAUAACCCUCGGCAUAUUCAAACGUCGGAUAGCGCUAUCCAUCGGAUGAAUUACUAUUCAGCUGGUUUAGUGUCAGGGAACCCAACUGCGUUAUCCACUGGAUAGAGAUUUAUCCAGUGAAGCGCGUUAUCCACUUUUGAACAACUGCGGCCAGUUUGAGAUAUUGUUAAAUUUAAAGUUCGGCACUCAUGGGAAAGGAUUUCAAGAUAACAUGCAAUCUCGGAUAAGUGUCUCACUCGCACAGUGCAGUGGCGAUCCAGGGGAGGCCCCCUAUUUUUAGACCAAGAGACCGACCCCCUCCCUUAUCUAAGGGUGUGGAUGACCGCCAGCUCCCCCCCCCUAUCUCAAGGUCUGGAUACGGCACUGAAAUGGAAGUUUGGCGGGGAGAUUGUGAGCGUCUCCCCGUGAAUAUCCCGGUCGCGAAGUUAAGUUAGUUCUCAUUUAAACUGCCUUCGCCUUUGGAUGAUAUAAGUUCUGUUUUACAGAGAUUGUAUUUCGAAACGGCUUGAUAAUAAAGCGGAAAUUAAACUGCCAUUCACAUAGUGUAAAUCUAAAAUGAAGUGGACAACGUGCACAUAACUUAACUUAAAACUCGUCUACUACUAGAUCUCUUCAAGUUUCUUCAGUUUAUGCGAGUCAUUUCUUAUUUUCAGCAUUUUUGUUGACAUUUCUCUAUACUCUAUUUUUUUUAGGAACCCUAACUGCUUGCGAAAGUAGACGGCACCUUUCUGAUCUUCAGGGUACGUUAAGUAGCCCUAAUUUCCCAGGCUCAUAUCCUGCAAACUCCUCUUGCACCUGGAUCAUAACGCCCCCGCAACAUGUGAAUUUGUCUGUACGAUUCGUAUCGUUCAAUGUCAGUUCUGACUCUAAACAGUGUGAUGGAAAAAAGUGUGGAUGUGACUUCGUUCACGUUGAAGAACUUGACCCGCCACUUAAUGUCGCAGGUUUAAACAGCAGAUUUUGCAAUGACAAUCCGCCGAAUUCGGUGUAUAAUUUAAUGUCUAGAGUGAGGAUUCGUUUUUCUUCGGAUUCUGCAAAAGAAGGAAUGGGGUUUCAAUUAACAUAUCAAACGCUCGAGGUUCCAACAACGGCCCCUGUGACUUUUGACUUCACUCACGUGCAAGCUCAAAUAGGAGGCGGAGGUGCAUUGCCUGUCAAUCAAACAGUUGCCACAACGACGGUAGCAACCAGUAACUUUACAGACCCUCCAAUGCAAUCAAUGACGUCACCCACUACUGCGUCUGGUGUCAAUAAACCUUUGUCUGCGUUUACAAAUGAAGUUACAACGAACACAGCUGGGUCUGUUUCACCGUCCAAGAGUUUACCGGUCACUGGAGUAAGAAGGACUUGGACAGAAACCACUCACGUUGUGAUGGUUGUUGAGAAGAAAAAAGUCGUAGAGAAAGUUCCAGAUAUUAUUAUCCUAGGUCCGUCUGUUCCUGUAGUUAUGAUAUUUGUUCUGGUUGUUGCCGGCAUUGCUUGGUGGAAUUACAAGUUUGACACGGACGAACUUAACAGGUAUGCAGUACAAUAUAAACUUAAUUUUAGGCAAGCUUGAGCCAUUUACUCACCAAAAAUUAUAAGAAAAGAUUUCCAAUUCGCUUAAGAAAAUACUCAAAAUAUUUAUGGCCAUGAAAAGUACUUAAUGUCCAGAGGGGUUUGAAUGGUAACGCUACAGGAUUUCCACAGACUUGAACGUUUAACUCAAAAGCUAGAACUACGUACUAAACAAAUAGUGCCAUGUGAAGGUACAGCUGAAGAGGUUUCAUUUAAAUGGUAACGACAUAGGAUUUCCUCCACAGACGCAAAAGUUAGAAUUAAUUGCUCAGGAAACAAAUGGUAACACAUUGUGCGAGUAUAGCUGAAGAGGUUUCGUUUGCAUGGUCAACACCAUAGGAUUUUAUCGAUACUCAAAUAUUAGAACUACCCACUAAACAAAUAGUAGUGGCAUGUUCUCAAAGAACAGCUGAAGAGGUUUUAUUUGGUUGGUCACAACGUAGGUUUUCUUCCACACGCAAAGUUAACGUACCAAACCUAUGGGAAAGUACAGUUCACACCAGGAUCUUUAACACUUUCUCUUGGUUACACCGAGUGAAAGGGUUAAAGGCGGAAGUCCAGUUAGAAACGAAUAAAAACAACUAAUAAGAAGGCUAAACUACGGCUUUUAAAAGAAGUCAAUUUACAGAGGUAUCUCUCGUUCUUGGUUUGCCUGUGCAACUGUCAGCGUGCGGUCACAGAAUGGUAGUCACGCGUAUACAAUUUAGGACUUGGCUGGUUAUUUAACCAUGUUUUUACUAGGUAUGGCACCGCGCUACCACCCGAGGUAUAAUAGAGACGGCUUUUUUCAUUGUUCGUUUUUUGUACUUGAGUAUGAUCAAAAGCUAACUUUCCUUUUGAGACAUUUCAGUCAAAUGGGUAGCCAGUCCGAUCUGGUUAGUCACGGAACUGUUCUACUGGCCUGGCUCAACCAUACUUACAACUCGCCCACUGUGCUCUUGAAUUCUGUCGGUACUAGUAAGUUUUAUUUUCAGUUGAAAGCGAAGUAAAAAAAUUGCAGCCAGUGUUAUGGGAAAUUACAAUGCUGGGGGACACAGUUCUUUUAAAAUGAAAAGUUAAUUGCUGUUUUGCCUCAGGGUUUUACGCAGGUGCACAACAAAUGUGCCGGAUAUUUAAACGAAAUCUCCAUUGUUUCUAGACAAUCAGCCUUCAAAUGUGUUUUAGUAGGUGAAUUAAAAAGAUUCAGGUUUUUUGUUCUGUUCUCAACCUGUUUGUUUUUUCUUAAUAAUUUUUUUCGGUAAACAUUGUAUAGAACUCUCUUUCAAUAACCGAUCCAAAGAAUUUGCGGUAGUUUAGUUUCUCUCAGCAAAGUUGCCGUGUUAAAUGUAUGAAGAAAAAUGCCAACCCUUCUACCAAUAAAACGGGAAAAAAGACUAAAAGUAAUACAAAAUAACGGACUGAAGAAAGUCUAGAAACCCAUGAAAUAACACUUUUGUAAAAGGCUAUACCAAAGUCACGAAGGACGUGAAAGAAAUAAAAUUCGUAAAAGGUGUAAAACAAAAGAAGUUUUAGACAAUGACCUAAAUCCCAUUGCAUUUGUAUUCCUAUGUUAUAGGCUUUUUAUCUAUCUCCAUUCUGUAUUUUUAAUUAUCACUUCACAAAUUGCCUUUAACAUCUGUACAAGUAGUCGUGAAUGCUCCAUUUCAAAGUCGAAACUUAAACUCGGCGAACAGUAAUAGAGAUGGUGUCAAAACUGUGUUCUUUUUUAUCUUUCAUCUCUAAUUCCUUCAACUUAUUUUAGAAAACCUUUUUUGACGGUCGUGUCAGUGACCUGAAAAUCAACCUGAAAGUGCCAUGAAACACAAGAGGGCGGAGUUCAUGAUGUUAUAUAUCAGAUAAUGCCUGAGCUCUGAGGCCUUCUCAAAAAUAAUGACCGAGCGCGCGCAAAAAAAACUAAAGACUUGGAGGAAAGCAUUUUUAUUAAAUUAGUCCUUUUAUAUUUUAGUCGUUUUACUGGAAAGCGUUUUUAUCGAUUAGAUAUUCACGGUUAUUGUUAUUGUUGUUAUUCAGUACUUGUCAGUGAAAAUGUCCACUAAGCAAAGCUCUUAAAUCAAUCGUAUCUUUAGUCACUAACCGUUGGUUCUGUUUCAGAUAUGAGUCGUAUACAAGGAGUAGUAAAGCCAAAAAUCGAUACAAGAAAAGCAUGCAAAAUCUCAGGUGAGUACAUAAAUUUCUCGUGUUUCCUGUGCUUUUAUAUUUAUUAUUUACGUUUGUGUUCUUGUCCUUCGGUAAAGUGUUUCUGGUAGUAUGUAUGUUUAGGCCCUGUCCACACUAAUGCGUUUCCAAAAUUAUGCGUUUUCGUUUUCAUCGAAAACGCAUUGAUCAAUUUGCGUCCAUACGAUCGUUUUGAUGCGUUUUCGACUUUCCACACUAAAACAUUAGGUACGGACCAUUAGAAAAGUUAUGGGGGGGGGAGAGGAUGUUCAAGUCGCAGGAAUUAUUUUUCGUUAUCAAAUUCCUUGUAUGAAUUUUUUUUAGGCCGUAGCAUGUAUAUUUUUUAGGAUUAAUUGGCGUGGAAGAAUUUUUUUCAUUUAAUUUUCCCUUGUGCGGAUAUUUUUUUUGUACUUCGCCCGCCCCCCUAUGAGUUUUCUUAUGGUCCGUCCCUUAGAAAACGAUAGAAUUGUACGUUAACUCUAUAAGCAGGCUACAAACACACGCGCGUGCGAUAUUUUCGGUCAUCGUUUUCAUUCUGAUGCGUUUUCGACCGUUUUUGACCGUCCACACUAAUAAGAUAUGUAUGCGUUUUUGUUUUGAUCCACUUUCAAGAGCGUUUUCAGAUCGAUGCGUUUUCGAUGAAAACGUGCAAGAAUUUUUUUCAUUUAAAUUUCCCUUGUGCGGAUAUUUAUUUUUGUACUUCGCCCCGCCCCCUAUAAGUUUUCUUAUGGUCCAUCCCUUAGAAAACGAUAGAAUUGCACGUUAACUCUAUAAGCAGGCUACAAACACACGCGCGUGCGAUAUUUUCGGUCAUCGUUUUCAUUCUGAUGCGUUUUUGACCGUCCACACUAAUAAGAUAUGUAUGCGUUUUUGUUUUGAUCCACUUUCAAGAGCGUUUUCGACGAAAAUGCUCAGCGUAUUAUUGUCGACGGAAGGCCUAAACAACACAUCGAAACGAACGCGUUUUCAAACGAAAAUACAUUACGGGGCCCUAUUUAAUGUAUACAUUCUGUUAGCCUGUUCCAGGCUCUCAGAUAGUGGGGAAGACGCGAAAGUGACUAUCUCGGAGCCUAGAACAGUCUAACUUUCUAUCUGCGGCUUUUCAGGUAAAAAUGACUCUUUCUUUUUUUCAUUUUAGCAAAGGAAAUUUGUAUAAUGAGAUGACGAAAAACUGGAAAGGACAGUCAUUUAGUGUGGGAACUGGGUAAGUAAAGUUAAGUAAGUGAGGCCGCACUCACCUUGGAAAAUGAAUGAGGACGAUUGAAGGGCUAGCAUGUAAGGGACCUGCGCGAUGAGUCACAGGAAUCCCACGCAGUAAAGUAAUAACUGUAAAAUAGCCAAAUGUAACGUUUCGAGAGCUACCGCAGUAAAGUUAAAUUUUAAAUGCCUCUACUAUAAUAACCAUUUUUCUCUCCGUGUCAAUCCCCCACUGAGACAGAAUAAGUGCAUAGCUUCUUUAGAAACCAAGUGCUUCAUCCAUUAUUGCUCCCAACUUUUUGAAUGAUGAUUAUACGCCAUCUAUUUGAAAUUUGUGUAAUUCACACUGUAAUUUAAAUAGCUUAAUUCGCACAAUAAUUCUUAUUUUACGACAGCUGGUACUGUUUGGAAAAUAUUUCUUUUUUUCCUUUCCUUUCUUUAAAUUUGUCUCUUCCCGAGCCUGGAUUAGGCUUUUCUGUACGCGGGUGAAAGUUAUCGUGAAUGUCUUAAGUUAUACGUGUGAAUGAAAGAAUGAAGAAAGUUGAAGUUUUGAAGUUGACAAUAGAUACUCUAGCAAUCCUUAAAAAAGUUUUUGUUUUGUUCAGAUAUAGGGGCAGUCCCAUGGUUGGAAAAAAGACUUCAUUCGCUGGCAGGUUUCUAGAAAUAGCUGAGGGGUAAGUCGUAAUACAAACAACUUUCUAUAACGGGCAUUUAUUUUGGUUUCAAAGAUAGCAGACUUCUUACGGCGAUCCGUAAACCCACAAUAAUAACGUCACCGUUAAGAUGCACACAUUUACUCUGUCCCUUUGGUGUCCCUAUUAGAGAGCUUUCACUUCAUGUAACAAGCCGCGGACAGUCCCUUCACGGGACAUUUCACUUAAACGUUAACCCUUUCACUGCCAAAUGUGGCCAAAGGCAAAUUUCGACCAAAUUUCCACAUUUCAUUUUCUAAAAUUUUGACAAACAAAUAGCACCAUAUGAAAGUACGGGCAGAGAGCUUUCAUUUGAAUGGUCACAUCAUAGGAUUUCGUCUGCAGACUCAAAAGUUAGAGUCACCUUACAAAACUCCAUCAAGUACUCUGGCAGUGAAGGGGUUAAAGACAAACCACUUGAAGCUGUGUUCAAUUCGCCGCUAUAAAAAGAAGAAGGAAACUACGCCGAGUUAGUCGAGUCUUGUGGGAUCGUUACUUGGGACGCGCCAUUUAGCUAUUGGCCAAUUUGUUUUUCCCUGUCUCCAGUCCCAGAAUUCUUUGCAGUUUCCAUCUCGCUUCUGAAGUUGCAAAUUAGUUGGAAUCUUCUGCAAUAAGAUCACACAAAACGAUUCCGAUAAAUCUCUGCUAUGGGAAUUUAAGAGCGUGGAGUGCUUCAUUCCUCGGAAUAUUGUACCUCAUGCAGAAUGGCAUUUGUUGAAAAGUUAUUCCAGAAUAAAGGGUGUUUACAUUGGUGUUAUCGACGAUAACAACACCGCCGUGAAAAAUAUGGUUUGAGAGAUAAACAGCAUAUCCGCUUUCUACUUAAAAUUUAUCAGCGUUCUUCAGUGAUAGAAUCGCAGGAUUUGACGUAUUUCCGGUUUGUGAAACAUCUCAGAUUCUUCAGAAUUAUUAAAAGUUAUAAAAACGUUACUUUAUAAGAGUCCGCGAUCUCUGAAUUCAAAUUGCGGAAGCGGUACUUCAGAAUAAUUAAGACUUUUUAAACUGUCACAUUACUACUCUCUCCUCCGCAGUUUAAGCAAAGACGUUUUUGAGCGACGCACGUCAACCGGAAGUGAGGCCUUCUACCUUUCGAUAUGCCUUGACGCUAACAAAUUUAAAUUUCUAAGUGUCUUUUCUCUUGUAAAGACGAUUUACCCGAGCGUUUGAACCAAACCACUCCCCAAGGUUGCAAAAAGUCAACUUCCGGUUGACGUGCUUCGCUCAGAACGUCUUUGCUUACGCUUCCUUUUGUGUCGUAGGGAGGCAGGGGGGAGGAAAAAAUGAAUGCAUCCCGUGCGCUUGCCAUUUUUCGAUUAUUACUGUUUUUAUAGGAUAACCAGCAGGAGCCUCUGUGGAGGAGAGAGACAUAACUAUGUCAAUGCCCAUUUUUUUUUUUCAGAGUCAUCACUCCCAGGCCUUCUCGACCACCUUCGGCAGAAUUGGCACCGCUGACCAAAUCUCCUCCUGAAUCACCUACAUUCCUCUCCCCUGGCAACGCUAACGCGGCUGGCGGAGGCUCUCGACCCAGCUCUCGCCCGGCUUCACUUCUGUUGAGGGAUGCCUUGAUUAAUAUGUUUGGAGGAUCAAGCGAAGGGUAAGACAAACAUAAUCGUCCUUCAGUUUCCCUUUUACCACAGGCAGACCACCUUGAUAAGGGGUAGUGAAGCUUCUUUGGACUGAAAGUGGAUUUCCAUCGUCGCGUAAUUUUGAAGUGCGUACGCGCGUAAAAUUCACGUGCGUAAGUAAAUUAGAGGCAAUGUAUGAGGCAAUGUCAUGUUUUAUAAAACAGAGUGGUCAACUCCUCCUCACUACUACCAUAGGACACGUAUGGAGACAACAGAGGAGUGUUUGGGUUUAAAGGAUUAACGUAUUUGACCUUUGGCAUGCGAUGUUGAAAGUCCUUAUGUGCAUGCCCAUUCAUAGUGGUCAUACCUACCAAGUUUCCUACGCUUUGACUCCCAGGAUGACGGCUGACCAACUUAACUGUCAUGCCCAUUGAAUACGCGUUGGGUUCCGGUAAUGGAAUCAUAGUGAGCCGUACCUGGCUUAUUAUCCCUGCCGGCCCUUUUUUACUUAAUAUUGCAGUCUAUUUAUAACACUUACCUUUUUCAUAUAGUUCAAGUGAAAACCGAGACUCUGCCUCACCGUCAAAGCGAGCAUCUAAGCGAGUAUCAUUCAUAGACGAGUCGGGUCAGCCGCUGGUACAAUCCGAGGCCAGUCCAUCAGAAGGGUACGUUUUCUCUUGUUGUUCAGGUUUUUUUGGUAUCUUCUUUGUUGGGUGUUCUCCGUGAUUAGGAACUGUUUUAAUCCUAUCCUUUCAUUCCUAAUAGUUUCCAAUGGAAAUAAAUUCACAAAAAUUCCAAAUUUCUUUUUGUAAAAUCCAGAGAAAAGAAUAACACCAUGCCAAUUUUCUGCCAGAGAGUUUUCAUUUGAAUGGUAACACCCCAGGAUUUCGUCCACAGACUCAAAAGUUAGAACUGCAGACUAAACACUAAACAGUACCACGUAAAAAUACUGCUCAGAGUUUUCGUUUGAAUGGUAACAUCACUAGGAUUUAAUCCCGCAGCCUCAAAAGUUAGAGCUACAUACUAAAUAAAUAGCACCAUGUGAAAGUACUGCUGAAGAGGUUUCAUUUGAAUGUAAACAUCACAGGAUUUCAUAGACAAACUCAAAUGUUAGAGUGACAAAUCAUCCCACCAUAACUUGGUCUAGAGGUGAAAGAGUUUAUAACGUACAAACUGAUUUAAUGUAUCGGAUUCUAAAACCUGGCUGAUCAUUGGUGUGUGAGAUAAGGAGAAUUUUGACGAAACUGCACCAUUGUACCCUCGCAGGAAUAUUUUUCAUAAGAACAGUCUCAAGCUACUCAAUCACUGAACGCGUGGUUACGCCAGUGAUUUCGUCCUUCUCACAACCGCGAGGAGUAGAGAAUGUUUUGUUUGGCAGUAGUAAUCGCGUAAUAAAUGUAAGGCGGUGGUUCCAUCCUUCCCUCAAAUGAUAGCGUGACUAAAGAAAGUCGGGCGGUCGUACGUACCUGCUUGAUGCGCGAGUUCUGAAUGACUGAUUAACUUAUUUUGCUUAAAGACGUAUGCAAUAAAAGCUGCUUCUUAAUUGUAUCUUUCAGAAUUGAAGAAAAACAUGACGAAUUAGACCAAGGGACAUUUGAAGAGGUUCCUCAACCGGCAGUGAAGCCGAGGUUUGUUGUUUUGAUAAUUGCCGGUAGUUAUUUCAUCUGUUGUUGUUCGUUUUCAAAGCCUGCACUUGACAUUUUUUCGAAUUUCGUGGUUGUGUUUACCUCCCUGAGUAACUGGCCACCUUGUAAUGGAUUCCCUGCUUAAUCUGUGCAAUCCUUAAAUGUUCAAACAUAAUUCCGCGGCAGGAUUAGCCCAGUCGGUGGAGCGCUUGACUGCAGAGCGGGAGGUCGUGGGUUCGAUUCCCGGGACCGGACCAAUACUCAGGGUCUUAAAAUAACUGAGAAAUGAGGGUACUGCCUGCAUAUGGCUAGACCUUCGCGAGGCUCCGAUGACCACGUAAAAUGGCGGUCCCGUCUCCAGUUGAGGACGUAAAAACAGUGUCCCUAAUAAGUACUUUCGUGCUAAAUACAUUAGGGCCAUUUAUACGAGGAAAAAUAAGACGCGUCUUAAAUAAGACGCGAACUUUCCGUAUAAACGGCACAUUUCGUCUACAAUAAGACGCGGCUUAGCUAAGACGCGUCUUAUUGGAUAAGACAUGCUCGCAUAAAUGGUACAGUGCGCGUCUUAUGUAAGACGCAUCUUAUUUUUCCUCGUAUAAAUGGCCCUAUUGACACUCAAAUAAAGUGCAUUCAGGUUUUUAUUGGGAAAGUGAGCGAUCAGUUAGUAAAACUAUCGUCCACUAAGAGAGCAAAACAGAGACUGAGGCCAUAUCCACACGAAUCCGUAUGACAGUACGCUUUCGGUGUCCGCGUUUGCUAGUUUCGUGUGGACGGGAGGCCUAUUCGUGUAAAAAAAAGUAUGCGGUUUAAAAAAAUCUCCGGAUUCGUGUGAACGUAGCCUGAUACUCCGAAAUUUCUAAUAAUUGUCUCAGUAAUUUUAGUGGGAAACAAUCCAAUGUUCAACUAUGUAAUACACUAAUGUAUAGAGCGAUUUUCGUAUGACCUUGAAAAAUGGUUUCGUUAAGUGUUCGUUAUUUGUUUUAUUAGCCUAGGGAUGAAAAGAUCAAAACACGGACUCUUCUUUUUCCCGCCAAAGAAAACCCUAAUAUGGAGAAGGCAUUAUUCGAUUGGCCAAUCGUGUUGCAGUAUGACGUCAAAGUGAAGUAUCGGUUGAUUUUUAGAAAGUUCUCGGGGAUGAAGUUUUUUCACCCGAACGUUCGCCAAACCAACCAAAAGCCACGCGCGUUUGUAUCCGUUCGAUAAACCAAUCAAAUCGCUAUAUUUCCGUUCGUUUGUUGUUUCUGUUUUGUUCGCGCGUUUUUCAUGUCAAGGUCAUAUUAUUUCUGAUCUUCUUGUCUAUGUUGUAGGAGGUUGCAGGUCCCAGCAAUCGUUGUGAGACAGCCAAGUGAAGAUAGUGAUGAUGAAGCACAGCCUCUGCCUGUCAGAAGAAGGAAAGAUCCUGUACACGAGUAUGUCGAACUUGAAAGUUUACCCUAUUCUCCAGCGCUACUCAAGAGAACAGUUAUUAUUAGAUCGAGUCUCAACUUAUUUCGUUUAAACCAAUUUCCCCCGCCUAAUGAUGAAAAUGAGAUAUUAGAGAGAUUUCAAAUCACUUUUACAGCUAACGUUGUUGACAGUAGAGAGAUUUAGAGCCGCGCAAACGGCAAACGUGAAUUUGUACUACGUGGCUAAGUUUUUCCUUUACUAGUCUAUUGCAAUGUUCAUUACUUCUACAAAAAAUUAGUAGUGUCACGUUAGUUUUAUCCAUAAGAAUUGUGUUGGACAGUUUUCAUCUGCUCAUUUUCUAUUUUGAGAUAUUACCUGCUUGAAUCUCCCCGCCGUUUGCCGUUUGACGUAAACGUGACUCUAAAGCUCUCUAUUAUCACGUGAUCACAUCAGGUUUGACGCACCAGUGAUGGUAUCUUCAGAGGAGUCCCCGGAUGUAGAGUCUUCCUGGCCCGUGUUUGAUGAACAUGACGAAGAUGCGCUUGGACAAUCUGAAGAUGAUGACAGUCAAACGCCCACUUGGGAUGACCACGAGUAAGUAAACCGUCCUAAAACUCGCUUUCAAACUAUACUGACGUCUGCUAGAAGGAAUUUUAAGUGAAAUAAGUCUUGAAAUUACACAGAGAUGCGGGAAAGAAAUCUUAAAAAAAGACUUUCUGAGAAUAACCAGAAUCUUAAAAAUAUCUGGCAUGGUUUUUUCAUCAAUUGCAAUAUGUUUUUUUAUUAUUAUAAUUAAUUAAGCAUUCAAAUUUAUUAGCUCACCCUUGCAUUACAGAGAAAAAUAUCCGGACUCCAGCUCAGAGGAGAUUCUAGAUAGAAACCUGUAAGUUUUUUAAUUGUUAACUUUUUCAAACUGUCAAAAGCUUCACAACGGUCAAACGUAAAAAAUAUCCUCGUUUUUUGUUACCAAAGGUCAUUUCCUGCAAUCAGUAAGAACUUGACGGAGAAAAUGCACUGAAACGCGAUAACAAGCCGGUAAACUUUCCCUUUUUGAUCAAUUAAUUUUUCACUGCAUAAACGGCAUGCGCACAUUACGUUUGACUGUUGUUAAGUGAAAAGCAUACGCUUUUCAUUCUAAUCAUCUCUUGCAUUCAUCACAAUCUUCUUUUUAAAAGAGAAUUUAAAAAAUGUUUAAAAGAAACUUACUGUGCAGCAAAAAAUAUGCAACAUUGAGUUUAUAAAGCAUACAAUUUUCAUGCCAUACGUGUCGUCAUUUUUGUUCACAGAAUAUUUCCCGAUCUAGAGGACUUCCUUCUCAACUUAGAUAAAGAUUCGGUUGAUGAACCACCAUACAGCUGGUAGGUACCCUGUGCUCUGUGUUACCCUGCCUGUGAACUAAGACAUUGCACGACAUUGCAUAUAACCAGUCACUCACAACUUUAUAUUCUUCUAUUAUGAACUCAUUUAGCCAAAGUGUAGUAGCUACCAAUAUCCGCUUGUUGCUGAAUGUUAAGUGUAGACUGAGUCAUCGAUGUGACACUGUUGUUUAGUUGAGAUGCUCGUGGCUUUUAUUUACUACCUGUUAUCACGGUUAUUCUUGCGACUGUAUACAACUGUCCCCAAAGGGGAGGUGAAUAGUGGUGGGCAUGUGUAUACCGAACUUCCAAGCAUCGAGAUAUAUUGAGGUGGAUAAUUAUUUUAGUGUUUACUAAAUCAGUUGGACACGGGAUUUUGUUCAGUGCGAAGUUAACACCGCUGAUACAGCUGCUUUAUUUAUCGCUAAAAUCUCGUCCUCCAAAACUGUCGUGAAAGGCGGAGGUGUAAUUUGAUCUCCUGUCCUAAAACAUUGAUUAGCCAAGGACAGUCCGAGUUACGGGAGGUAAUCAAAACGCGAAAAGUGCUAUCCACUGAUUUGGAAAGUAUUAAAUGACCAUAUCACUUUUUUUUGUCGAUGUUCAGUUUUUUGUCGAUCCAAUUCCUAAUGAAGAUUGAAGUUAAGUUUGAACAGAAUUCUGAGUUGUGUUAACGUCAACGCAAUAAAAGAAACUUUUCAGAGUUGGCAUCAUGUCACACAAAUUUAUUUCGCUGGUAAUCACAAAAUAUUUUUCUUGCUUUUUUAGUGCAAGUCACGUGCGAGAUAUCUUAAGGAAAAGCUACGGUGAUGAAGGACCAGGUGGCCUGGGACCAAGUGCUGUGCUUAACGUGCCAGAAGGUAAAUACAGCGAUGUUUGGUGUAGUUUGCGUUACACUCCUGAGCGAUGUUUGAUGUAGUUUGCGUGAGCGAUGUUUGGUGCAGUUUGCAUGACACUCCUGAGCGAUGUUUGGAGUAGUUUGCGUGUCACCCCUGGAUUUAUUAAAUUAAGGCUACGUUAACCGGGCCGAUGAAAAAUUGACCGGACACUUCGUUCACGGGAAACCAUUUAAUAUUUUCUCUCUGUUCACACGGAACUUUGAUUUUCGUGCGGUUAAGGUGAUUCCGUGUGAACCGAACAAUUAAAUGUACGAAUUUUCAAUUCGUCCGUGGCCGUUUGAACGUAGCGUCAGAUGGUUGGCUUGGCGUAUUGAGUAGGGUCUUGUAUUGGUAUGAAUCUGGACCCAGCCUCGUCUGGAAACUUUAAAGGAAACGGUCCGUCUACUAGGUUCUCUUUCCAGCCACUAAAGAAAAGUCUUUGUACGUCUAAGGAAGUUUUAUUUAGCCUGUGUAGCAUUGCGGUUGUGAUUGGGCGCGCAAAGUAAUAUAAAGGCGGGCGAGCGGUAGUACGUCCGACAAAACCAUCAUGUUACGCAGGCUAAGUUUCAUUCAGUUAGAAGAUUUUCCAUUUUGCAACUCAGUUAGCCGUUGUCCUCCUGUAUAUACCAUUUUAACUGAAGUUAAAUGACAUCUAUUUCCUUUCCUCCUUAUCUGCAGAAUUUCUUGGUAUGAUACGCGGCUCGCCCCGGUCCUUUGACAGAGCAAAGGAAGACCCGGAUGAAGUCGAUGAUGUCGAUUAGACGUGACGUCCAAUUUAUCGCCUGAUCUGAAAAGCUGUUCGUUUCCGGGACAUUUAUCUUACGAAAAUGUCACGAAACAAUACUGUAGUCCAACUCCGGUGGACUGGGUUCCUCGGGUUUCUUGUUCAACAAAAAACUAUAUUCUCCUUUUGAAUUCCGGAAGAAAGAGCUACGAACUAUAAAAACACUGAUUUAGCGCGCGUGUAAAUUGUCACGCAAAAAAAAGAAUGAUGUAAAUAGAUAUUUUUUUCUCAUUGAUUCGGGAAAGGUUUUUUGAAAAUCAGGUACCUUUUUAAAGAUGUGAAAAAUGAGUCGAAAGAGGAAAUGGUUUUCUGCUGAAGAAGCAUUUACCAAGAUGACGAAGUGUUCGAUUUUUGACUUGAUUAGUUGGUAUUUUUUAGCCAGCUACCAAGAUAGAUGAAAUUUGUUGUUCAUUUUUGCAACAGUGGAUUUAAUAAUGUUACUGUAAUGGUAUCGAUGUUAAUUAAAGGCUCCGUUUGCUUCUAAGUUCUGUUUAUUGUUAUCUUGAAACCUGGGGGUCGAGCAGUGGAAUACGGUA